AUGUCCAACCCCCUCUUCGUCAACAUCCACACCCACCCCACCCCCACCUUCACCCUCCAAACCCCCACCGCCCACCUCUCCCUCCACCAAACCGUCCCAACCUCCCUCCAAGUGCACCUCACCCCCUCGCACCUCACCGUCGCGAUGCACUCCACCCCCGCCGCCGCCCCCUCCCCCGGCCCCACAAUCCGCAACCUCCAUCCCCCGCUCCUCCUCGCACCAGACUACACAUCCAGUGGCAGUAUCUCUGGGGCAAGCACCCGCAGCGUGGGCGGCUUCGCGGCGCAUGGAGGCAGGGUGCUGGCGGCGCAUCCGGACGAUAUGUUUAGAGUGGGCAGGUAUGAGGGGAGGGAGAAUAGCUGGGAGUUGUUGGCGAAGAGGGUGAAGGGGUUGGAUAUGGCGAGCGGGAGUGGGAGUGGGGGCGAGAGGGAGGGGAGGAGGGGGUAUGGGAGUGGGAGGAGUAGGAGGAGGUAG